AUGCGUACGCAAUACAAAUACACCGGUUCCGCGGCACCUUUGAAAACUUGGUGUCCGUAUCUAUUCAACCCAAUGGGUCACGUACUUGCAACUUACAGGGACCCAAAGUCCAUGCCUGAUAUUUUUACCGGACCAGUGUUCAAUCCAUUGGAUGGAUUUCCAGAAGGACGUAAACGCAGGCAGUUUAUACUAACCGAGGAGGAAAUGAUGGCUGCAGGAUUAAAAUCUCAUGAGCGGGACUAUUGUGCCCACAUUCUGGUCGCCUUCAGAAAAUGUCAAAGGGAGCAUGUAGUUCCAGCUUUUUAUUGCUCUGAUUUAAGACAUAUGUACUUGAAUUGUCAUGAGGAAGAUCGACUACUUCGAAUGAAGGAAUAUGAACGAGAACGUCGACUAUUACAGAAGCGAGCAUCAGUUUCAGAAUAG